AUGGUUUUAGUUCAAGAUUUGCUACACCCAACCGCUGCUUCUGAAGCUAGAAAGCACAAGUUGAAGACUUUGGUUCAAUCUCCAAGAUCUUACUUCUUGGAUGUUAAAUGUCCUGGUUGCCUAAACAUCACCACUGUGUUCUCUCACGCUCAAACCGCUGUGACCUGUGAGUCCUGUUCCACCGUUUUGUGUACUCCAACCGGUGGUAAGGCUAAGUUGUCUGAAGGUACUUCUUUCAGAAGAAAGUAA